AGAGGGUUCAGUCGUUCAGUGAUGUUUUGUUAUAACGCCGAACUGACUGAAGGGAGAAAGUCUAUUACUCUGAGCGUUUAAAUGCGGAAUUGAUGGAUUUCGGAUUACAACUAUCCGAUUUUCAAUGGCUUAAUUAGUCUUGAGAGUUGAGAAUUUUAAGUAUGUGAUUUCUGCACCUGCUUCUUCUGUAUUGUCUUACAUAUUUAUAUUUUGUAAUUAUUUACAAGUUAUAACCUUAUACAGUUAUAUUUAUUUGCUACCUGUUAGUUUAGCAAAUAAUGGCACCAGAUAACUAUCGAUUUGCAGAAGGUGAUAGUUUACUAUGUUAUCAUGGACCAAUGCUAUAUGAAGCAAAAUGUUUAAAGAGAAGGAAGGCAAAUGAUGGAAAAGCACAAUAUUUUAUUCAUUACAAAGGCUGGAACAGUAAAUGGGAAGAAUGGGUAGACGACAAUCGAGUAUUAGCUGUGAAUGCUGCCAACAUGAACAAAAUGGCAUCAUUAAAAGAAAUACAUUCAAAUGCAAAAAAGAGUGGAGGAAAACGUUCUAUCACUAUAGUUAAAGAAGAAACAAUACGCAAUGUUGUAACGCCUCCAAUUAAAGGAAAAAAACGGAAAUAUUCAGAAGUUUCAACAGAAUUAAAUGUUUCAUCGCCAGCAGAAUCAAAACCAAAAAAACGAGGUCGUCCUCCAAAAAUUAUUACUCCUAAAAUUGAAGAAACUGAACCAACAAAAUCAGUUGAUACAACUAAAGUAACUGAAACAGAUGUAGUAACAGAGUCAACUGAAUCAACUGAAUCAACUGAAGAAAAUAAAGUGAUUGACAAAGCAACUAAAGAAGUAUGCACUGCUAAAGAAGAAGACACUACUAAAAAACAGGACACCACUAUAUUAGUAGACACUGCCAAAAAAGAAGACACUUCUAAAAAAGAAAACACUCCUAAAAAAUAUAAUACUCCUAAAAAAGACAACGCUCUUAAAAAAUAUGAUACUCCUAAAAAAGAAGACAUUCUUAAUAAAGACAUUGCUCCUAAAAACGAUGACUCUCCUAAAAAAGAAAAUGCUCCUAGAAAAAAAGACUCUCCUAAAAAAGAAGAUGCUCCUACGAAAGAAGACACUCUUAAAAAGGUUGAAGUAAUUAAAUCAAUAGACAAAGCAACUGAAGAAGUUUUAGAUACUAAAAAAGUGGAAGUAAACAAAAAUAUUGAAGCUACUAAAAAAGAGGAAGAAACAACUGAGACAGCUGAUGAAGAAAUUAAAGUACUUGGAAAAGUUGAAAAUACUACUGAAGAAAGUGAAAAAAAUAAAGCUGUUGAAUCAUUUGAGGAAACUAAAGACAUUGAAGAAACUGAUACAAUUAAAGAAGUUGAAGGAUCUGAAAUAGUUAAAAAAAUGGAGGAAACUGAAACUGAAAAUGCUGAAUCGAUUAAAGAGUCUGAAGCUGAAAAGCUCGAAGGUGAAGAGCUUGAAGGUGUAGAGCUCGAAGGUGAAGAGCUUGAAGGUAAAGAGCUUGAAGGUGAGGAGCUCGAAGGUGGAGAGCUCGAAGGUGAAGAGCUUGAAGGUGAAGGACUCGAAGGCGAAGAGGCUGAGGGUGAAGAGCUUGAUGAUGAAGAGGUUGAAGAUGAAGAGGCUGAAGAUGAAGAGGCUGAAGAUGAAGAGGCUGAAGAUGAAGAGGCUGAAGGUGAAGAGGCUGAAGAUGAAGAGCUUAGUCCAGAAGAUCAAUAUGACAACUAUGCAACUAUGCAAUUAUUGAAAAAGUUUGGUGAAUUUAUGAAUGUGACUCAAGAAACAACUAAAAUGUCUGGAAAAAAAAAUGAUGAUCCAGUAAUACGAAAAUUUGAAAUACCAGAUAUCAUUAAAAAAAGAAUUGCUUUUGAUUAUUGCAUGAUUGUGGAGUUUAAACGAGAAUUAAAAUUGUUAAAAACAAACUCUAUCGACUGUUUGUUAAAUGAUUAUGCAAAAUACGAACCAAACCCUGAAGUGAAUCGAACCAUUCGUCUAACGGUCAUCCAGUACUUUAAUAUGCUUGUACAUAGAAAAUUAUUGUAUACACCAGAGAAAACCAUGGAAUUGAAAUCAGAGGUAACAAAACGUCUUAAGCAACGUUUGAGUGAAGGUGAUGAACUUAAAUAUAAUACGACUUUAUAUCCUGUAAGACUAUGGCACUUUCUGUAUGGACCUUCACAUCUAAUACGAUUAUUUGUUUUAUUGCCUAGAAUUUUUGAAGGUUUUUUCAUAUAUGAGGAGUACGAAGUAGAUCUUCUUGUUAAAAGAUGGGAAAAUUUUAUAUUGUUUGUUGCAAACAAUUUUGAUAAAUAUUUUUCAAAAAAUGGAGAGGAGGAUUAUCUUCCAAAAGAAUAAGGAAUUUAUUGCAAUGUCUUUGAAAAAUAUAUUACUAAAUUACAGCUGAGUUACUAAUACUAAUUAAUAAUUUAGUAAUUGAUAAAUAUAAAGUAUAAUUUGUGUACUGUAUACAUUCAAUUUAUUUAAAAUUAAAAUAACAAUGCCAUGUUUAUUUUUAAUUUUUCAUUAUUUUAAUGAUUUUAAUGUAUGAAAUAAAAUACCUACAGUCACAUUUUGUAAUAGC